CUACCAUCAAGCCAAUUUGUCUAGUCUGCAUUGAAAUUAUACGCAUCGUGGGGGAUUUACUUCCCUUCGUCUCGUCAAACAUGGAAGAAACGGCUUUUUAGAUCCGCUAUGUGAAAUCCCGGGUGUUGUGAUCGAUCUACAAGGACUUCAAAUUUUUAUUUCUGGCAUCGUAUUAUGUCCCAGUUUAAAGUUGAAAAAGUCACAAAAGUGAAAGGGUUAUCAGAUCUCUCUGAGAAAGCUAAAUUCAGUGAAAAGACAGAACCCUCCUCAAAGCGAAGUCGAGGAUCUGCUAUCAGUAGCGAACGCCCUGGCUCUUCUCAUGGGAGGCAAACGGCGCUAAAGAAAACUGCAUCACCAUCAAAAUCCACAUCCAAUGAAACUGCUGGUAGAAAGUCCACAUCCAGUGAGGCUGCUGGUGGCAAGUCCACAGGAAAAACAACACUCUCACAUCGCACCAACCCACCAAAACCUGCAACAAGAACAAAACAAACUGCUCAGGACAAUUCAACAACAGUCAAAAAGAGUUGUGCAGCUUCUCAGCAGGACAAGCAAUCUUCUGGCACAAUCACAGAUACCUCAGUAACUAAGAAAAGGCCGACCAGUCACAGUGUUACUCCUUCACCACGCACAAGAACAACAGCAGUUUCAAAGCCAUUAUCUCAAAAGCCUGUGAAAGAACCCAACAGCAAAAAGAAAAGUGAAAUUAAAAAAGAGAAUAGUUAUGAUGCUAGUGAUAGUGACUCUGAGCAUGGCAGUGUAGAUCGACUCAACACCGAUGGUGACUAUGGCUAUGAGACUGGUUCCCUUGAUGACAGUGAUGUGUCGACAGGGGAAUUGCUUAGUCCAUCAGCCAAAGAUGAGAAUAAGACUAUUUUAACAAAUGAACAAAGUGGAAACCCUGCUUGUACAUAUACCGAAGUUGAAUUUGGACAAGUUUUGGCGACAAAGGAAGGAGAUGUUGUCAUUAGGAAUUCAGAGAAAUUUGAUUCAGGAGAAGGAGAGUUAGUUGUAGUGGAUGGCAGUGCAUUUGGUGAUCGCAAAUCUUACACCUAUGCAGGAGAUGAGUUUCGACCCUUGAUUGUGACAGAACAAGGGGGAAUUUCUGCCCCUGUUGAGGCAAAGAAGUAUUCCAAGAGCUCUGAGGAUGAAAAUGGCAAUGGUGAUAGGCAAAGGGCUGGUGGAAGAAAAAAAAUGGUGACAGAAUAUGAAGAAGUUCAGAUCAUUGAUGGUAGCUAUGACAGAACAAACAUAAAGGUGACAUCUGCCAAUCAAAAGAAUAGGGCAGAGACUGAUGACUCACAUACUUUGGGUCCACUUAAUGAUGUUUAUGCUGUUGUGCAGAAAAAGCCAAAGGAAACUGCUUGUAAUGAGAAUGCAGAACAGAAACAAACUUGUACAACUCAAAGGCCCACUCUUGAGUUGGGUGAUGUUGCCCCUGCAAUCCCAGGUGGACGCAAAGACUCGAGUAUGUAUGAAGCAAUAACAGGAGAGCUUCAGAAUAUGAUAAUGGCAUGUGACGAGGUGUCACUAGAUCAGAUAUCAUCCAGGACUAAUGCUAAUGACAAGAAAGGUUCUCCAGGAGAUAAAAAGGUUCCACCACCCAUUCCAAAACCUUAUUCGGGACCUGGCUUCAAUUCUCUGGCAUCAAAAGAACCAGUAAUGAAAGAACUAUCAGAAAAUUCUGAGAGAGAACCUGCAGAGGUUCCAUCUCAGCCAGUUUAUGCUGUUGUACAGAAGAAGCAAAAUGAAAAAUUGAAUGAUAAAUCCUCAGAAGAAAUCAGUGAUACAACAUCUGCAGAUAUGCAGGCACCAGAUAAGCCUAGGUAUGCUGUGGUGCAAAAUGGUUCAGUUGAAUCUCUUGAUCAGCUAAGAAUACCAGCAGAAUCUGGUGAUGAUGAUGAUGAGUCCAGUGAUGAAGAGAUGCCACCACCACUUCCUUCAAGGUUACCAAACCUUGAAGAUACUAUGAAAAGGACAGAUCCUUCACAGAAUACCUUCCAGUCUGAUCAAGUGGAGAAAUCAGAGGAAAAGCCAAAGAAGGGUGGUUUCAAACUAUUUAAAAAGAAACACCACAGACAACUGUCUGAUGGAAAUGUAACUGCUCAAUUUAAACAGGACACUGAUAGCGGUGCUAUUUUUUCAAGUGAAACUGAAAGGAAGCAAUUCCAUCAUCGACGAUCAAAAUCACAUGCAGACAUUAUGACACUUGAAGGAACUGGAGGCAGAUCAUUGAGUCCUACAAACACCUUUGAAAAUUACUCAGAAAUAACAAUUCCAUCCAGUAAAGCAAGGAGUUCUGACAAAGUAUCACCUGUCCAACCUUAUUUGGAAGUUGACAUAACUGAGCCUCCCUCAACACCUACGGAUUUCAAUAAAGAGAAAAUAUCCAUGGAAGAGGAUAGCGAGGAUCAAAAUGUUUCCUAUGAGCUACCUGAGGGCUGGAGGGAAGUGAAAGGUGACAAUGGUACUUAUUACUGGCAUGUUGCUUCUGGAACAACACAGUGGACCAUGCCUCAAGUUGCAACCAGACCUAAGAAGAAGUCAACUGAAGAAGUAAAACCAGCAGAAAGCACAGAAAGACAAAAGGUCUUGAGUUUUCCUGUGCAUUCCAUGGGUUGGAUUGAGCUUGAAGAGAGCCAAGUUGCACCGCAUAACAUGAGUGAUACUAUCUCAGACUGUAUCUCUACCUUGGCACAGAAGAGAAAAGAUCUCUGGCAAACUGGAGAAACUUGGGGAGAGGGUAAGGACAUCAGAUUGUUGCUGGAAGGUGACACUCUUAAGCUUGCAGAACCAAGAACCAAGAACACCUUGCUUAUCCAACCUGUCUCUAAAAUGAGGGUUUGGGGUGUUGGCAAAGAGGAUCAGAGGGACUUUGCUUAUGUUGCACGAGAUCCUUCAACUGGCAAGCACAAGUGUCACAUGUUCCGUUGUCAUGGGAACAUAUCUGGUCGUGCAAUCACCAAUGCCCUACAUGACAUGUGUAGCAAGAUCCUAGAGGAAAAGAAAAAGGCUCAGGAAAGCACUCGUAAGAUAUCUGCUCAGAAGCCUUGGUCAGAUAUCAUUAAUACACCACCUCCUUCUUCAGCAAGAGAUAAUGCCAGUUUUAAUGAAAAACCCCAUGUAGAACCAAAGAAAAGCUUUUCUGCUAGAUAUGUUGGGAGCAUAGAUGUCCCAAGACCAACAGGUGUGGAGAUCUUGAACAAAGCAAUAAGUAAACUAACAAGUAAAGGUGGCGGUGUCAGUGGAUGGAGAACCAUUCUCAUUGAAAUCAGUGUAUCAAACAUCAGGAUAACAGACUGCACUACCCAAGAACUAAUUUCUGAAGACCGAGUUAGAUUUAUGUCUUUCUUUGGAGUUGGAAAAGAUGAAAGACUUUGUGGUUACAUUGUUACCACAGCUCCGGAUGUAUUUGUGUGCCAUGUGUUUCAGUGCUCUCCUAAUGCUGCUCCACUUACAAAGGCAUUAGCUGAAGCAUGCGAGCUCCGUUUCCAAAAAUGUGUGGAUGCUCAUCCAGAUAUUAUACAGAAAGUGGCAGCUGCUGAGCAGGAGAAAAUAAGAGAAAAGUCUGACAAAGACAAAGAUAAAGAUAAGGCUGGUUUCAUUACAAGUGUUCAGGGUUUGCUUGGAAAACUUGGGACAAAGAAAGGGGGAGGGAAAAAGGAGGAAAGUAGCACAACAGAUAACAAACAAUCUUCGAUUCCCGUGAUAACAUGCAAACCAACUCACACUUUUAUGGUGAAGUACUACGGUGCACUGCCUGUGGCUGUCGGAACAGGGAUAGAAACUGUGGAGGAAGCAGCAAAGCAUUUGGCCGGAGGAACACUACUGAUUUGUCAACUUGAUGUUGCACUCAAUGGAGUAACACUUUAUGACAGUCAGAGAAGUUCCCUUUCAAAGAGGAAUUUAGAUGCUGAUACAAUAUCAUACUGUGGUCUCACAAGUAACAGAAGCCAUUUUGGACUCAUCCAAAGCAUGGGAGGAGGAAAAUACAUUUGCCAUGUCUUUGCAGAGUACAAGACUAAGGCAGGGCCAAUUGUUGCAGCUAUUCAUGAAACAUUGUGAAUACCAGGGAAAAUUCUACAGUACAAUCACACAGAAUCAACAGAGAUGAAUGAUAUGAUAAUUUUACCCCCUAGCAUUGUAAUUGUUAUUGUAAAAAUAUGUAUUUUAUUUCCAUGGAUUACAGAGGACAGCAGAUCAACCAAAAUGUAUGUAAAUAGAAUUCAGGGAGCUUUAACUGAUUUAUGAUUAUUAGCAUUUGAAUUGUAGAAAGCACGAUCACUUUGACUUGCUAGAAUGCAAUUUUUUUUUUUUUUGCUCUUUAAGCAAAGGCCUUAGCAGUUUUCUGCAUCAUGUUUCAAUUGAUCUGAGUGUGAAAUACAUGUUAGAGGCAAAUGAGAUUUGCAAUUGAAAGGGGGGGGGAGUUUGCUACUUGGUCAGUGAGGGUUUUGAAUUUUCAACCAAAGGUAUGAUCAAUGUGGAAAAAGGAACAAAGAGGAAUAGUAUAUCAAGAUGUGAAUGUGCUUCCUUCACUUUCAGUCAUGUUUGUCUUGUUUAUUACUUGUUAGCAUUUUAAGGACUUGUUUUUAUACAAAUGUUUUAAUUAUUUUUGGAAUAGAACGUUAUUUUUGUAUACUUUUGCUGCAAUUACAGUUUGAAUGACAGAGCGGAUGGAUUUAGUGAAUGAAUGAAUGUAUAAUUAAACAAUUGAAUGACCAUAUGAAUUGAUGAAUACAACAACAAAUGAUUGAGGGAAAUGAUUGUUUGGGACUAGGUGACGUUGGGAGACAAAUUAUGAAGUUUGAAUUAAUUCUAAUUAUUUACUGGGUUAAAUUAUUGAGUAAAAAUUGAAGAGAGGGAAGAAAAGGAAGGAAAACGUUUUGUGUGCUUAGGUGAUUAUCAAAUGAGAGAGGAUUUCUAACAAUUUGGUUGACAGCUGAAUUCAUUAAAAUAUUAUCACAUCACAACUGAACGUUAAAAAUUAUAGAGGUUGGUUGUAAAAAAAAAAAAAAUGAAAAACUUCAAGAUUGAAACGUAUUAGUUUUGAACAAGUGAAGUUAGAUAGGUAUGUAAUUAGUAGUAAUAGUUUGAAAGGCAAAUGACCAGUGAAGAGAAAGAACUCUUCAGGCUUUUAAUUCGAGGGUCAGGAAGUGUGGUUUGCUUUUGUAGGUUUUUGACAAAGUUUGUUAGGAAUGUUUGCAAUUUGAAUGCAGUAAAUGCCAUGCAUGAGGAAUUUAGAGACAAUGUAAUAUGAAGUUUUGCAGUUUGAAAGCAGCAAAUGCAAUGCAUGAAAAUUUGAAAAUAAGAGUUGAAAUUAUGAUGCAAAGUUUUAGGCUGGCCUUUAAACUUAUUAUGCUACUGUUGUAGUUGAGUAAUUGCUCGGAUCAGGUAGUGUUUGCUGAAAAUUGUUAUAAAUGUUUUCCUUAGUACUACAGCUUUGGUAGCAUUUUGAUGAACAUGAGUAGUUACUGUUAUUUUUAUGAGUUAAUGACGAGAGCUGGCCUCAGAAAAGUUUUUCCUUGUGUUUGUUUUUAAACUCACUUUUUGCAGUUGCCUUAAGGUGCUUUUGAGUAAAUAUCAGACCUGGCAUUGUUCAAAUUGACCCUUUGAACAGUUGGAAAAAUUCAAAAAAUUAGAUUUUACAGUGCAAUUAUAUUCAAUGACUAUUUCUUGGAAAUUAUAGUGUUGACUUUUUCCUUUAUAUUUCUUAAUUUACUUCCUAAACUUGAGAGUGGUUAUGAUAUAUUACGAAUAUUUCAAGAAUGAAAAAGCUAAGUACAACAAUACCAGAUUUACCAAUUUUGGUUGAACCUUUCUUUAAAGGAAAAUAAUAUAUGUUAGGUAAAUGUUAUUAAUUCAUACUUAUUUCAAUUUUUUUUAAGAUUUAUGGGUAAUAAAUUACAGAGUAACAUAAUAUAUUAUCACACAAAAGUAAAGUUAAAUCAUUACAAUGUAAUGAAACAGGAACAAAUUACUUAUUACUCUACCUGAAUGAAAUUAAUACUGGAUUUCAUUUGAAUAUAUAAUUAGGAAUGUGAUUUAUUUUUUGUAUGAGUUUUGUUUUGUAUCUUGGUUGUAAAUUAAUGUUGAUUAUAGCUGUAGAUUUUUUUUGACUUAGGAAACGCUGGUUUAAUGUUAUUAAUGUAAGUAAUUAAGACUAAAAAGUUGAGUUUUAAAAUUAACAAAACAUGUAGAUGUAUGUUUUGUGUUAUGCUGGUUGCAUGCAUAUUGGAUUACUAACUUAAAGUAAAAUUUAGAGCAAAUUAUGGAAAUAAAGUCUGUGAAGAUGA